UGGCUUAAGAACUUUCCAUUCGUACUUUUCGAGCGUGCCGCGGGAGAUCCCUGGCGCAAAGAGGACCACACGUGUCCCCGCGGCCGCCAUCGUCUACUGCGCAGUUAAGGACUAAUUCCUGCACCACGAUCGCUGGUGGACGACCACAAGCAUGAGUUCAUCGUACGGUAAGGCAGACUAUGAGAGCCUGAACCUGCGAAGCGGCACCAGAGGUAUCGACUCGCCAGAGGUGCCUGGAAGACGGCUCUACGAUGUUUGCAUGGUCUUCCAGUACAAGACCUCAAAGAGAGUGAGGUUUGAAGAGCGAGACGAUGAGUACUACAACGUCCGGGCUUUAGACAACCCUUCUGAAGCAGAUAAGGCAAAGAUGCAGAUGUGGAAGCAGCACCGGGAGUCCAUCCUCAAGAGUUUGCAGAACUGCGGCUUGCACCUCUUCUGCUUUUACAGCCGCGAUAGAGACCAGAUUUUGGUCAAGAUCGGAGCAUCUGCCCAGAAGCUGAGGGACACUGCAGCAAGGAAGCGGUACAAGCUGCAAAUGAAGAAGGAAUAUCUCAGCGCCUAUGCGGAGUUCCGGCAUGACUAUCCUGGAAGGCCUGAGUUUCGAUUCAAUGAUCGGCGGAUCAUUUCGCACAUCUACCAGACUCAUACAGAGGAUGCUCUGGAUGGUAGCAGUAUCUUCAAGAUUUCGGACAAGAUUGAUUUGCUCCACCACAUUAUCCAAUCCAAAGACAAGGAUUGUGCAGGCAUCAAUCCGUCACGACUCUUGCAUCAAGGUGAGCUGAAGGCAUACUUCCCGAUCCACGACGCUCAAGGCAUUGAAAAGAUCAAGGAGUUUCAGUGGAAGUGGUUUUGGCCCGACGAAGAGCAUGCCAACCGCUUGCGGGACUACUUCGGAGACAAGAUCGCCUUCUACUUCCUGUGGAUGGCCUUCUACUUGAAGUGGCUUAUGCCACUGGCAGCUCUAGGCCUUUUCCUGCAGUUCAUUGACUGGUGCGCCCGAACACCUGACAAUCCAACUGCCAUCCCAUUCUGCGUACUCAUGAGUGUUUGGUGCCUGGCUUUGCCUCACUUUUGGCGCCGUCAAGAGGCAAAAUAUGCCAUCAGCUGGGGCAGCUUGGAUUUGGUAGAACAACUGGAGCCGCACCGCCCAGAGCACUGGGGUGAGCAACUCAUCAACCCUGUCACUUCACAGGUGGAGCCGCAUUACCCCUUGUCGAAGCGGAUUUUCAAGUACUUGAUCAGUAUGGCAGCUAUGAGCCUUGCUGGUUGUGUGUGUGUCCUUUGCAUUCUCGUUUUGCUCCUCAUUCGGCACAACAUCAAAUCAGAAGUGCAUCACCACAUUGUCGGGUUUCAGAUUGCAAUAGCUGCCUACGUGGAGAUUUCCAAUGCAGGACUUGAUUUGCUCACACGCAUCCUCACCGACCACGAGAAUCACCGAACUCAGACUGAGUACGAAACAGCAUUUCUUUGGAAGGGAGCUGUGCUCAAGUACAUGAACUCAUUCUUUGCCCUUUACUACGUGGCCUUUUUCAAGGAGCACCAGACGCUUUUCUCCGAGCCAAUGGAGUGCCUGAGAGACCAAUGCCUUCUGGAUAUGCAAGCGCAAUUAGGAAUCUUCGUGCUUUUCCGGCUCCUGGUGUCCAACGUGUUUGAGCACUACUAUCCCAAAGUUCGCUUGUGGCUCCGGACCUUUUACUAUGACAAUGCGAGCUGCAUGAGCUACAUGCAUGGUCAGACUCUCGAGCUUGCGGAGAUGUCUGCAACAGAGCAGCAAGCCAAAAAGGAGAGGCAUCGGAACUUUCAGCAGUUUGAUGAGAUGCUCUUGACGCAUGGCUUUGCGACCCUGUUUGCUGUGACUUCACCUUGGGUGUGCACAGCGACGUUGCUGGCUGUCAUUGUUGAAAUUUGGGUGGACAUGAAGAGUCUUUUGGAAAGCAGACAACGUCCAUUCCCAGAGCGGGCUCGCAACAACGAGCCAUGGGGUGUGGCCUUUGAAGUCUAUGGUGUGCUGGCAGCUUUGACCAAUGUGCUGCUUUUGAUCUACACAUCAACCCAGUACUCGGGCUGGACAGCCACUGAGAAGAUUGUCUUCUUCGUCUUCCUGGAGCAUGUGAUCUUCGGUUCUAAGUUGAUGAUGCAGAUGGUCUUCCCUGAGGUGCCACAGGCAGUGGAAGUCUUGGCACUGAAGCAGGGCAGCGUCGUACAUCGGUGCUUGGAAGGUAUCAAGGUUGAGAGCCAAAUGGAUUUCAGCCUUUUCCGAGAAAGCCGUCAGCAAGAGGACGUACAGGUGUUUGGCCAUGACCUGCUGGAGACAGACGAGGCUGAUAUGACUCUAUCUCUACAGGAUAGUGGCAAGUCCAUGUACCAAGGCGUGAUUGAUGAGGUUGGAACGCUCCGGGUGAACAUCGGCAUGCCAGUGGCGGCACAGAAGUGAGGUGUGCAGAUGGCUAAGUGACAAUAAACUUCCUUUACGAGGAGCUUCAGCCAGAGAAAACGGGCAGCAAUGGAAGCCAUGUUUCACCAAAGCAAGUACAAAAAAAUGUGC